ACAACAAUAUCAGAUUUUCUUCCUCCUCUUCUUCAUUUCAUUCCUUCCGCUCCGCUGCCACCGAUUUUGCUUUUCACACCUCUCUCUCUCUCUCUCUCUACUUCUCUUCACCCUUCAACACACACCAUCGUUUCUCAUCUCUAUUUAGGUACCAAACAAGGAACAAAUUGUAAGACAAAAGAGAAUGGCCUUCAAUCAAUAUUUUGAGGAGGGUAUGAACCAAAUUGAUUCCUUGGAAGAAAAAUCAUCUCAAGAAAUGUGGAAAUGUGCAAGUGCUGAAGCAAUUUCUGGUUCUAGUGGCUUUGACUGCAACAUAUGCUUGGAGUGUGUCCAAGAUCCAGUGGUCACUCUUUGUGGUCAUCUCUACUGCUGGCCCUGUAUUUACAAAUGGCUUAAUUUCCAUGCCGAAAAUCAAGAGAAGCAGAAGGAAGAGCCACAAUGUCCAGUAUGCAAAUCAGAAAUCUCAAAAUCAUCUCUUGUUCCGCUCUACGGCCGCGGCCAAACUACACCGCCUUCCAAAGGCAAUGAUCACCAAAUAGGGAGUGUCAUACCACCUAGACCGCUUGGUCCUUCAUGGAUGACGAACUUGCCAAGAUCACUUGAUGCUGCAAAUGUUUCACAACAUAAUUCUCGGACUUAUCAUCCCCAUUAUCUGAACCAUUCUCAACGAUACGCUUCGCCAAUGCUUAACACAGGUGGUUCACUGCCCAAUCCAUUGGAUACAAGUUAUGGUGUCUUUGGUGAAAUGAUAUAUGCAAGGAUCUUUGGAAACCAAGUGACAAACAUAUAUACAUACCCAAAUUCAUACAAUCUUACGGGGAUCAGUAAUCCAAGGAUCAGAAGGCAUUUGAUGCGAGCUGAUAAAUCGCUCGGUAGAAUCUGUUUCUUCCUCCUUUGUUGCACAGUUUUGUGUCUUCUCCUAUUUUGAAUGAUAUUCCAUAUUUUUGUGCAAUACAUUCCUGUACAGAAAACAAGCGGUAUCUCGGUUUAGUGGUUAGAUGUAUCAUAUAUAUCAGAGAAGUUGCACAUUUGGUGCUGAGAUAGGUUGUUGGUAUAGUUACCUGUCUCUCUUAGAUUAUUUGAACUGGAUGUUUGAAUAAGUUUGCAUCUGUUCUAUUUUGGCUUUCAGCUUGUUAUAAAUUAAAUAAACUGUAUUAUAUUUCCAGAAGGAAAAACAACAGAUCUUUGCAUUAGUUUGCAAUUGUGUAAUUUAUGUUUGGCCUUUAUGCAAGUGAAAGAUUAUCCUCCAUUUCCUUUUCA